AUGUCGCGAAUAGUCGCUCGUCACUCCAGGCUCCUCGCCAAUGCGCUCGCGCCAGCUGGCGCGCGAGGGGGCGUGGCGGCUCCGUCAAUCGCGGCGGUGGACGCCCCUCGUCCCAUCACCACCAUCGCCCCCACCACCACCUCCGCCACCGCGCCUGCCAGCGCCACUGCGCCCUCCGCGGCUGCGGGUGGGUGCGCCAGUGCCGCGCCUGCCCUCGCGCCCACCGCUGCUGCCGCCCCCCCCAUGCACACUGCCACCGCUUGCCGCCCAUUCCACGGCGCUGCCCCCAGCAUGCACAAGGUGGUCAGCCCCGCGGCCCGACUGCUGCUGGCGGGCAGCGGCGUGGACGCGCAGGGCGUUCAGGGCAGCGGGCCCCGCGGGGUCGUCACCAAGGCCGACGCCCUCGCUGCCCUCGCCGCCGCCGCCUCCCCUGCCGCUGCUGCUGCUGCUGCUGCUGGCGCUGCUGCUGCUGCUAGAAGCGUUGCCACCACCACUGCUGCGCCCGUUGCUGUCCCUGCUCCUGCCCCCCCGAACCCCCCAGCUGCGGCUACUGCUGCGCCCAGGGCUGUCCCUCCACCCCCCUCCGCUCCUGCUUCCCCCCCUGCGCCUGCAGCGGCGGCAGCGCCUGCACUGGGAGGAGCGGCAGGGGCGUUCGUGGACGUGCCGACCACUCAGAUCCGCCGGAUCAUAGCGCAGCGGCUGAUGGAGUCCAAGUGGGGGUCGCCACACCUAUACGCCGAGGCAGAGGCGGACAUUGACGCCACGCUGCAGCUGCGCAAGGAGCUCAAAGACAAGUGGGGCGUGGCAGUGUCGGUGAAUGACUUUGUGAUCAAGGCCGUCGCCAUGGCGCUCGCCCGUGUCAGCGAUGCCAAUGUGCACUGGGACGGCAAGGCGGGGCGCGUGGUGAGCAACAGCAGUGUGGACGUCUCCAUUGCCGUCGCCACUCACAAGGGACUCAUCACGCCCAUUCUGAAGGACGCGGAUAAGAAGUCACUCGGAGCCAUCUCCAAGGAGGUGAAGCAGCUGGCGGAGAGGGCCAGGGCGGGCAAGCUGCAGCCACAUGAAUUCCAGGGCGGCACCUUCAGCAUAUCGAAUCUGGGCAUGUACGCGGUGGACCGCUUCUCCGCCAUCAUCAACCCGCCUCAGGCGGGCAUUCUAGCGGUGGGGCGGGCCGACAAGGUGCUGCGCCUGCCCGCCGAGUCCUCUGCAGGCGCACAGCUGCAGGUGGCGAGCAAGAUGGAGGUCACACUCUCUGCAGAUGCGCGCGCCCUCGAUGGCACCACGGCAGGCAAACUACUUACGGAGAUCUCAGCAAACCUUUCAGACCCUCGUCGCCUUCUCAUUUAG